AUGUCGCAUCAGGUCGCUCACACAUCAGCCACAGAGCGUCAGCACCUUCGGCAGAACUACUACACCACCUCGGAGCAAGAGGCUGGACUGGCGCACUUAUGGCACAUGCAGCGGCUGGCUUCGAUUCGUCUGAGCCCCUCUCACACAAUCCAAGAUGUGCCCGAUGUGGACUUUCAGCAGCCAGGUCGCCCCUCCAUGGAUUACUACAGACAGCUCUACGCCGAUCGCUACGCCCAGCAAGUGCGGCACGACGAGGCUCAAAUCUACGCUCAGAAUGUGAAGGUACUGCAUCACCUUCUCCUCGCCAGCGACGACACAGCACGCAAGGGACGCCACAUGAACCUCGUCCCGACCUCUUCUGAGGUCUGCCGCUUCGACAACAUUGAGGACCAGACGCUGAGCCGCAUGCGCCAGCGUCAGACGCGGCAGCGGCAAAUUGCGCAGGAAAAUGAGAAAUUUCUCGGUCAUCUCCUUUCGGUGUCACCCAGGGUGCGCACCGCCAAGGACCUCGGGGCAUGGCACACCACAGUUCACAAGAAGCGAGUGCAGCAGCUCUCUCGAUUCAAGCCGGCUGAGCCAUUUGCCGGGGCACGUUUGCUGGAGGCAGCCUCCUCCAGAAGACGGAGCUCCCACGGAGGUGUUAGCGGCGCUGCCGCAACCGCUGCAGCGCCGUAUUCAAUUUCGUCGGAGCUUGCUGCGGCCCCUCCGCUGCUGCGUGGUCACCCUUAUCCGCCACUCUCUAUCGCUGAAGCGUCGCGCACUGCCCCAGCCUCGCUUCUGCCGGUCGUGCGCACGACAUCCUACGGGGGUGUGCCACUCGUGCUCGAGGACUCCAUUGGAAGCCUUGGCGGUGUGGGUAACAGCGAGGCAGCAACAGCGGGGUACGCCGCUGCCCUGCACCAUCCUCCGAAGCGGCCGCCAGGUACCUCUCGCCCUGACUGGCAGCCCAUCUCUGCCACGGACAUUUCCUUGCUGCAUUACGCGGCCGACCUGCAGCUGCGUCGCGACGGCGGUGGUGGCACCUCAACCUGCGUGAAGGGAAGCAGUCGCUCGUUUUCUGCCUCUUCGCAGCGACGAGGGAUGCAGGAUUCCAUGCACGAUGCUCGCAGAGGGCCGAACGCCUCGGGCCAGCGACGCCAUAAGACCGCAUUCAACACUGUGCGCCUUGUUGAGCCAACCGAAGAGGGGGGCGUAACUCAGAUAUGGCGUCAUGCACUACGGAGGCGUCACGAACGGCUCGCAGCGGAACACACCGAUCACGGCUCACACACGACGCUGACAGGGAAGCCCUUCACGCACAGAUUGCCGCCGCAAUUUGAGGUUUCUGUGGGCGGUGCCUGGGAAGCCAAUAAUGGCUGCUUCGUGCAGUGUUGUCCUUCCGCAGACAGACCAGCAAGAGCGCCGCCUCUACUCGCGCCACAGGUGGAGCCAGCAGCCGAAUCUGGAAGUCGCCUUGCUCCCACCGUCCCACCCGCGCCCGUCAGCGGCUAUCCACGCCGGCCUUUGAGCUCAUCAGGGAGCGCCUUGCGAGCCCCGGUGCAAAGCAAAUGGCGUGCGUCAAAGCCCAAAGGGUGGGCCACCAGUUUGGGUCCGUCCGACAGCGCAACAGCUGCGAAGACAGCGGAAUCACAGAUGUGUUGUGCGUCGAGCUGCGGAGCGUACGCGCCUAUUUGA